GUAAAAUUUGUUCAGGCAUCCAAAGGGACUGCCGAGGUCUUUUAGGUCCGGAUGACGUCAUCAUUUCGGUCCGCCUGGAGAAAACGUGGGGGAGCUUUCUGAUUUUUAUUUUACGGAGGAUCUAACAACACUCAUUCACCUACCUACUGUAAACUAUCGAUAUCGGGAGAAUGGAGUACAUGAAAGCUCCUGCCACAAGCAGCCAGGGAAAUAUCCUGUGCUGCACUUGUGGCGUUCCAAUUCCUCCCAACCCAGCAAAUAUGUGUGUUGCCUGCCUGCGCACUCAGGUAGACAUCUCCGAGGGAAUUCCAAAGCAAGUCACAGUGCAUUUCUGCAAGCAGUGUGAAAGAUACUUACAGCCCCCAGGCACCUGGGUACAGUGUGCUUUGGAGUCCAGAGAACUGCUGGCACUGUGUCUGAAGAAAAUUAAGAACUCUAUGUCUAAAGUGCGCCUUAUUGAUGCUGGAUUUUUGUGGACCGAACCACACUCCAAGAGGAUUAAAAUGAAAGUCACUAUACAGAAGGAGGUGAUGAAUGGAGCCAUCCUGCAGCAAGUGUUCGUGGUGGAGUUUGUCAUCCAGUCUCAGAUGUGUGAUGACUGCCAUCGUGUAGAAGCCAAAGACUUUUGGAAGGCUGUGGUCCAACUGAGGCAGAAGACUGUUCAUAAAAAGACCUUCUACUAUCUGGAGCAGCUGAUCCUGAAGCAUAAAUUCCACCAGAAUGCCCUUAACAUCAAAGAGAUCCAUGAGGGAAUUGACUUCUACUACGGCUCCAAGCAGCACGCUCAGAAGAUGGUGGACUUCCUGCAGUGCACCGUGCCCUGCAGAUCAAAAACCUCCCAGCGCCUGAUAUCCCAUGACAUCCACUCAAACACGUACAACUACAAGAGUACCUUCUCCAUGGAGAUUGUUCCUGUCUGUAAGGACAAUGUUGUGUGUCUUUCACCACGUCUGGCUCAGAGCCUGGGGAACAUGGGUCAAGUGUGUGUCUGCGUUCGUGUCACCAGCACCAUCCACCUCAUCGACCCGAACACACUGCAGAUUGCUGAGGUGGAUGGGAACACGUACUGGCGCAACCCAUUUUACAGUCUCUCUAACCCACGGCAAAUGGAGGAGUUCAUUGUCAUGGACAUUGACAUCAUCAGAGACCAGAAGCUGGGGGCUGGAGCAGGCCUCAGGUCAAACAAGCACACUCUGGCUGAGGUGUGGGUUCAGAAAACAGCAGAGAUGGACACCAGUCAGCAGUAUCACUGCCGGACCUUCCUGGGUCACCUGCUCAACAUCGGAGACCUUGUGUUGGGCUUUGACUUUGCCAACUCCAACGUCAAUGAUGAGCAUCUGAACAAGAUGAACCCUCACCAUGUUCCUGAUGUGGUGCUGAUUAAGAAGAGCUACGACCGCAGCAGGAGGGUGAAGCGCAGGAACUGGAAGUUACAGGAGAUGUCCAGAGACAGAGAAGGCCUGGACACAGAUGAUGAGAGACAAUACCAGGACUUCCUGGAGGACCUGGAGGAGGAUGAGGCUCUGAGAAAGAAUGUCAACAUCUACAGAGAUGCCUCAAAGAUCCCGGUGGAGAGUGAUACUGAUGAUGAUGGAGCGCCUCGUAUUUCCCUGAUGGAGAUGCUGGAGGAGCUCAGUUUAUCAGAUGCCACAGGAGAAGAGGGCACUGACAUGAUGACAGACUAACCUGGUCAUCAUCCUGCCCGCGUGGUUGUGACAGCUGAUCAGUCAGAUACACAGGUCCACUGAUCACACAGUGGUACAGUGGCAGAUAGAGCAGUGAUUCAACCACCAAAGGAGGACAUGUCAGAAAAACAAACACAUUUUCACAGAUAAUAAACGUAUUUCAUCUAUA